AUGGAGUCGCUAACGAUCAGCAGAACUGUCCCAGUUCUGACAAAUAUAUUUGUUUUUAUUCUAUUAUCGGGUUCUUCAGUUGCAGCAAAACAGUCCAAUAUUGUGUUUAUCCUCACAGAUGAUCAAGAUGUAGCUCUCUUUGGCCAGUAUCCAAUGCCGAAGGCUAAACAGCUUAUUGCAGAUCAAGGGAUGACAUUCAUGAACAUGUUUGUGACCAGUCCUUUGUGCUGUCCUAGCCGUUCAAGCAUUCUGACUGGCCAGUACCUCCACAACCAUCUCGUCACUAACAACAGUGUUACUGGCAAUUGUAGUAGUGUGACUUGGCAGAAAACAUCAGAGUUGAAUACAUUUCCAACUUAUUUGCAAGCCAAUGGAUACAGCACAUUCUUUGCUGGCAAAUACUUGAAUGAGUAUGGAUUUCAUCAGAAUGGAGGUGUAAGACAUAUCCCUCCUGGAUGGGAUGUUUGGAAUGGGCUGGUUGGCAACUCUGUGUACUACAACUACUCCCUGUCAGCAAAUGGUGUUGAGGAGAAGCAUGGGCAGAAUUAUUCCCAAGACUACUUGACCGAUGUUAUUCACCGAAAGGCAGUAAAUUAUCUGCAGAAGCAAGUAAAUGCCACAAGACCCUUCUUCAUGAUGCUCUCAACUCCCGCUUGCCAUGCACCAUUUACCCCAGCUCCACAAUAUGAGAAGAACUUCACCAACCAACAAGCACCCAGAACAAAGCACUUCAACAUCCAUGGAAAGGACAAGCACUGGUUGGUAGAUCAAGCUGUCACUCCAAUGCCACAAGAUACCAUCAACAUGAUAGAUGAUGAUUUUAGAAACAGAUGGCGGACACUCCUGUCAGUGGAUGACAUGGUCGAUGAUGUGGUCAAUACACUGAAGGCCACUGGGCAGCUUGACAACACUUAUAUUUUCUAUUCCUCGGACAAUGGCUAUCAUUUAGGUCAGUUUUCAUUACCUUUUGAUAAAAGGCAGCUGUAUGAUUUUGAUAUCAGGGUACCGCUGUACGUAAGGGGACCAGGUAUCAAACCCAACUCCACUAAUGAGGAGAGUGUCAUGAGCAUAGAUCUGGCCCCCACAUUUUUGGAUCUGGCGGGCCUGCACGCACCUGCUUCUUUCGAUGGCUUGAGCUUGACACCCAUCUUCACCAACCAGGCACAUUCCUUCCGGGAUAAAGUGCUGGUGGAGUAUCACGGAGAGCAUCUGAAUGUCAUCCCAGGCUGUCCUCAGUAUUUGAACCAAGGGAUGGCCAACUGUGGUAAGCACUGUGUUUGCGAGGAUGCCUGGAAUAACACGUUUGCCUGUAUUCGCACCCAGACAGCCCAGGAGAGCUACAAAUACUGUGCCUUGCAAGAUAAUGAUAACUUUGUGGAGGUGUAUGACUUGAAGAAUGACCCAUAUGAGCUGGUGAAUAUUGCCAAGAUUGCCUCGCCAGAUAUUCUUACCCAGCUAAGCCAAGAAUUGGCUGACCUCUCACUGUGUGCGGGUGCAAACUGCCAUACUACUCCAUCAUUUAAAGUGGUUGGAAAGUGA